GGUAGCAUGCGAUUGGUUGCGGUUGGUACUGCCAGGAGGCGUAUCCCGUUUGUACAGCAGUCGUAGGAGCAGUAGGAGCUGGGGUGAUCAGGCGGUUCUCGACCCUCGACGUCAUCCUAUAUAUACUCCUGUAUUCCUUGGUAGGGUUGAGAAUGUGUAUGUAUCUGUAUCUGUAUCUGUUUCUGUAUGCUCAAAGGGAGUCGUGAGUUAGCAGGAGAUAGCUGUAGGGAGAGAAGAGACAGCCCGACUAAAAAGACACCGGGGAAAGGCAUCGGCUAGAAAAAAAGCUCUUGCCGGUGGGAGAGGGUGACACGGGCCCUCGAUUCAGUCUGUGUUUGUCCACCAGAGACUCUGUACCGUAUUCGUCCUCCAUCUAAUCCAACACUAUCCCAGCCAGCUCUAUCUUUUACUUUUAAUUAUGUCCACACAUAUUCAGUGAAAUUAGUGAAUUAAAAAAACUACACCUGCUGGUUGUUCACAUACUCUUCAAUCAAGGAUAUUAUUUUUGAGUUGUUGCGUUUAGAAAAAUAUUUUCUGGUGCAAGUGUGUAAAAGCCUCAUAAUUGUAUAUUCAAUCUAUUAGUGAGUAAAUUAAUUUAUUAGUGAUUCCAAAAGUGAAAAUAUUAUAUUAUGAUAAUGAUGAUGAUGAUGAUGAUGAUGAUGAUGUAUGGAUGAAUGGAAUAUAUUGAUGACUAGUUGUCAGCGACAAUGAGAGUGUUAACCGUCGGGUGACAGAUUAUUUUGCCAGUGAUUGUAAAUAGUGAGUGUUAUUAUAAAUAAACAAAAGUGGACAGAAGAUGAAUGAACUGCUAUGAUCAUUCUUUGAUAAUGAUUAGCGGUUCUGCGACUGAAUAGCAAUUGACUGAUAGCAAUAGUUUUUUUUAUUGAGGAGGAAAGAAGAGAUAAGGAAUAAAGAGCUGCUGGGAGGGCAACACCAGCUUGAGUUUAUUACCGGAAGAAAAUAACGGAGUGUGGAGGAAGUUUCGAGCGCGGGUUACGCGGGUGCAACGUUCGGGUACGCUAGUCGGCAGGCCGGCUCUGGGGUGCCGGGUCCGGGGGGUGUGAUGAGCUGCUCCGAGGUGAUGUAUCAAUAUUAUCCUUACCUCUAUCAGAGGCCACCGCCGCCCCCGCACCCGAGUCAUCCUCAUGCAGCGCCGCAUCCUCAUCCACAUGCUAAUCCACAUACUGCUCAUCAUAGUCCCGCAAGACCUGCGCCUUUUCAACCCUUUUCUACAACUGCUACGGCUCAUCAGUAUGACAGAAUAAAUGUCCAUCAAAGAUCACUAGAAACAGCAGCAGGACUAGAGCUUUGUGCAGCAGCAGCAGUAGCAAGUGGUAGUGUACCUCAAGGUCAGCCAAGUAGUACAGGAUCAGUAGGAUCAGCACCAAGUCCAGCAUCGCCUCGACCUACACCUCAAUCAAGACAGCAGUCAUUAGGCGCCUCCCAUCCUUCUCGAACUCUAGACGACGAUCGAUCUGCGGAUGGAGCCGGAACGACAGCUGAUGAUUCGGAUGACGGAGAAAGCAGAGCGCAGUAUGUAAACGCAAAUUGCGUGGUGUUUACCCAUUACCGUGGAGACGCGGCUUCUGAAGUUGAAGAACACUUUCAGCGUGCUCUGGCCCACGACAAAGUAAAAGAAAAUAUUCCAAUGUCGACGAGGAAUUUCCCGCCAUCCUUCUGGAAUAGUCAGCAUCCUGGUGACGUCUAUGAAUACCCAACGGAUCCUUGGCACCCUCAUUAUCCUCAGUAUCAUCACAGGGCCGUCCACGAGUAUCACCAUCACAAUAUGGCGGCAGCAGCGAGCUACGGCGGGUUGUUACUCGGGGGUGCAAGAAGUUUAGGGCACCACACAUCGCAUCAUCACACGGCGGCCCAUCAUGCCCACGCAGCAGCAGCAGCUUCAUAUAAAGACUGGACGUCUGCGACGCCUUCGCAAUCCCUCGUAGACGCAUCCUCAGCACCCCCCUAUCACGGCCCUUAUGCACCCCUGUCUGGUCUUGAUCCACAAGUUCAAGAUUCCAAAGAUCUCUACUGGUUCUAGAAAAUGAUGAGAGUCAUCCC